AUGGCCGAAGACAGCAGGGAAUCGCAGUCGGCCAAUGCGCCUGCCACUGACGGCGCCGCCCCCAGCGCCGGGACCAGCGCUGAGCCGCCCAAGAAGUUCCCCAAAGGCGUGGUGCUCGGAAAAGACGGCAAGCCCUGCCGCUCCUGCACGUCCUUCGCAGCCUGGGCCUCCCAAACCAAGUCUUCGCUCAAAGCUGCAUCAGCAACCGCGACACCCCCGAGAGACUGCCCGCCAGAUGUGGAAGUGCUCGGCCGCAGCACCUGGACGCUCCUCCACUCGAUCGCGGCGACUUACCCGACCGCCCCGACCGCCAAGGAGCAGUCUGACCUGAAAAACUUCAUGCGCCUGUUCUCCAAGCUCUACCCUUGCUGGGUCUGCGCCGAGGACUUCCAGGCCUACAUGGAGAAGCAAGAAGUGAAGGCCGGGAGCAGAGACGAGUUCGGAAAUUGGCUGUGCGAGGCGCACAACGAAGUGAACAGGAAGCUGGGGAAGCCGACUUUUGACUGCAGAAAGUGGGAGGAGAGGUGGAGGACAGGGUGGAAGGAUGGGAGCUGUGAUUGA